AUGUUUGUUGUGGCAGAAGCUGAUAUGCGUAUGGCAGUCGUUGCGCAACCGAUUCCUGUGUCGGAGACUCCUGCUCUACAGACGGGGAUUGUGGUGGAAAAGGUGAAUGCUGUUUUUCGAACAAAUGUACGACGUACGGUUGCCCAGAAUGUGGUUCAAAUUCACACUGUUCUUCCUCGGAGUACUGUUGUAAACAUCGAUACCACAACGAUCACAACGUCUGUAGACGCAGCUGUGUCGGGGAGACAUGCCACUCGAGUUCUGAUUGCGGAGGUCCGUCGGAAUACUGUAGUACUAGGAGUAAAAUAUGCUGGAAAGCAGGGCGUUCCUGUUCGACCGACAGUGAUUGUCGAGGAGAUGGCGAAUGUUGUAAAUAUUCCAAAUGCGUUACAGUUGGUUGCCCGGAAUGUACCUCGAAUUCUGGCUGCUAUUCGUCGAGGUAUUGCUGUUAGCGAGAUACUCUCGCUAGUGUGUGUCGCAUAG